CUUUCAGAGCUGGGACCGGAUGCGGGCGAGCAGGCGGCGGGCGGGGCGGUGGAGGCGGUGGUGGACUGCAGCCUGGCAGUGGUGGCGGAGGCGGCCGGCGGGGCUGCUGCUGGGCCUCAGCAGCAGCAGGAGCAAGUGGAGGGGGCGGCAGCAGCAGCAGGUGCAGGUGCUGCGGCACCGCAGCCCCAGCAGCAACCACCACCGCCACCAUCACCACCACCACCGCAGGGGCAGCAGCAUCAGCUGCAGCUGCUGUUGUCACGUGGACACGGCGACAUCGUACUCAUGCGGCGCAGGGGGGACUCCGUGUUGUACAGCAAUGUCGUACAUCCCAUCCGGCCGAGGUUGCCGUACACUGGCGUGCGGCCGUUCGUACUGGAGGCGGCCUUGGCGCACCCCAGCGGCGACAUCACAGC